UGUGAAACAACUGUAUUCAAUCUAAUGUUUAUCUAAUUAUAAAUAGAUCAAUCAUGUAUUAAUCUAUCGAUGUAUAUUGUUUAAAGCUAGGGUAUCGUUUUGUACAUUAAGGUAUUUAUAAUUAAUGAUACAGUGGAUUUCAGUGUAUAUAUAAAGGUCUACGGAAACAAUCCCGUAUGUGUAAAAAAGUUCCAAUGUCUACUAUAAGUCUCGGAAUUAGUUGGGACACACAGAUUUCACAAGACUUGGUGACAUUUCAGCUAAACAUAAAGAUUACACCAUUAUAAUACAGAAUAUAGAUAUGGUUAAUAUAUGUAAAAUUGUUGUAUGGGAGUAUGAAACUCUGUAAGAAGAAGAUAUAUUUUGUGUCAUCAUUGAUUUCUGAGAUACUAAACGUCAGUACAGGGGGUAAUCCCGUUUUGAUCCAGGAUUCUGUAAUGCAUCAAUAUAGAUUUAUUCAAGGCAUCACAGAGUUCGAACUAAAACGGGCUUAGCCCCUGUUAAUGUUAGUAAUCGCAUAGCGAUGACAUCAUAUUAACUGAUACACGAACUAAAUUUUAGUAAAACAGAAAACCCAGACGUCCGAUGGAACUCGUAAUUGAGAACGGCUUUCACCACAUAUAGUGGAACAUUGCAUCUCAAAUGAAUUAUAUUCAUCUGCUAUAGUUUCAAAUACACACAAUCAAGUAUAUUGCAAUAUGUUAUGUACAGUAUUUUGGAAGCGGCUAUUUUUUAGAUCGGAUUUCGAUCUUUCAUUUUUUUUCCCCGUUUUUAGUUCACCUGAGCUAAGAGCUCAAGUGAGCUCUUCUGAUCACCCGUAUUCCGGCGUCCGCCCGUCUGUCUGUCCGACCGUCUGUCCGUCUGUAAACUUUUAAAAUGUUUGUCUUCUUCUCAAACACCACUGGGCCAAUUUCAACCAAAGUUAGCACAAAGCACCCUUAGGUAAAAGGAAUUCAACAUUCUUAAAAUAAAGGGACAGGCCAUCUUCCAAGGGGAGAUAAUCAAGAAAAGAUAAAAAUAGAGUAGGGUCAUUAAAAAAUCUUCUCAAAAACCAAUGGGUCAGAAAAGAUGAAAUUCAUAGAUAAGCUUUAUUAGGUAGUACAGAUUCUAAAUUGUUAAAAUCAUGGUCCCCGGAGGUAGGAUAGGGCCACGAUAAGGGAUCAAUGUUUUGCAUACAACUAUAUAGGAAAAGUCUUUAAAAAUCUUCUUCUCAAGACCCACUGAGCCAGAAAAGCUGAUAUUCAUAUGAAAGCCUCCUCAUAUAAUGCAGAUUCAAGUUUGUUAAAAUGAUGGCUCCCGGGGGUAGGAUGAGAUCACAAAGGGGAUCAAAUGUUUUACAUACAAAUAUAUAGGAAAAAUCUUUAAAAAUCUUCUUCUCAAGAACCACUGAGCUAGAAAAGCUGAAAUUUAUAUAAAAUCUUUCUAAUAUAGUGCAGAUUCAAGUUUCUUAAAAUGAUGGCCCCCGGAGGUCGGAUGGGACCACAAUAGGAGAUCAAAGUUUUACAUACAAAUAUACAGAGGAAAUCUUUAAAAAUCUUCUCAAGAACCACUGAGCCAGAAAAACUGAUAGGUACAUGAAAGCUUCCUAACAUAGUGCAGAGUUAAAUUUGUUCAAUUCAUGCCCCCUGGGGUAGGAUGGGACCACAAUAGGGGAUCAAAGUUUUGCAUACAAAUAUAUAGGGACAAUCUUUUAAAAUCUUUUUUUCAAGAACCAUUGGGCCAAAGAGGUUCACAUUUACAUGAAAGCUUUCUGAUGUAGUGUAGAUUCAAGUUUGCAAAAACCUUGGCCUCCAGGGCUACCUUAGUGCCAUAAUAGGGACUACGGUUUUACAUGCAAAUAUAUAUCUGAUAUGGACCAAGUUGACUCAAGUGAGCGAUGUGGCCCAUGGGCCUCUUAUUUUUUAAUGUUUUAAUGUUUGAUUUGUGUGGGUAUGUGUUUUUUUGUUUUUGUUUUUAUGUUUAUUGUAUCAACUCCUCUAUGCAGUCACUCGGCUGAAGGUGGUGUGGAUCUUGGCACUUCUUUACAAACAGAUGCAAGGUUCAGCGCUAGCACUAAAUAGGUCGUAAAACGUGUUACAUGUUCCAACAACCAUAUUACAAGACAUGACGUUUGAUCAACGACAGGAGUUUAUAAGGGACCUGGAACAUAGUGGGGAGUGUGUGCACUGCAGAGGCGGAUCACAGGGGAGUGUACAACACGUCAAGUGGCUCAGGAGAGACGUCAUUAACACAAGACCUGACAUCGUGAGAUCAUGUAUAGGUCUCCACCCACACUGGGAUAUUUACAUAAUCAACAACACAGCUUACAGAAAGCAGAGUAAAUAUCACGAGUAUCCAGAUAAUGUCAGAAGUCGUCUGUACUGCCUUCUGUUAGCUGAGCAACAUACCGUAAAUACCAAGGGCCACAAACACAAACAACAAGAUGUUCUAAGGAAAAUCAGAGAGAGGUAUUUUACAAAGCUUGCCUUGUCUGAUGACGUCCGUAUGAGGAAUCUUACAGAUGAUAUCAUUCAGACACAGGACGAGGUCAUCACAUUUAAAUCAGACGAAAUCCGACAUGACGUCAUGUACGCGUUCGUUACGGAGUGCCUGGUGGAGGACAGUGAUCUGAAGUUUUUUCUGACCACGGCGUCACGUGACGUGAUAUCAGAAUACUGUCGGUCGUGGGAUUAUAAGAAGGGUGAGGGAGAGAGGUGUCUGUAUAUACCGGACUAUCCGGGUGAGAUGUACGUCCUGUUCAUAGACAGACUACAGCUGGACAUCCUCACACACCGUACCGUGUCAGACAGGAGGAUUCAUGACAGUAUCAGUGCACGUUUGGGAGUCCCUGAUGAAAUACUGGACUGGGACCAAGAGGCCAGAGAGCGGUACGUGGAGUACGCCAAGAGAGGAACACAGACGGUUCAUCACGCCAGGGGGAUGAUCGUAGGAUGUGCCGGGGCCGGCAAGACCACGCUACUGAAACGUCUGCUCAGGUGUAGUGACGUAGAGAUACGUGAUGUGACAUCAACGGAAGGACUGGAGGUCCACGAGGAGAUAUUCCAAAUAUGUGAAGAAACGAAAACAUUGAAAGUUAGGUCAAAAGAUAUCGGUGGCAAAAAGAACAGCAAUGGGACUGAUGAAAAGACGGUAACUUUCUUUGACUUUGGAGGGCAGUGUGCGUAUUACGCCUGUCAUCAGAUUUACCUGACCAGAAGAUCUUUCUACAUGGUGGUAGUGGACGCCUCUAAACGUCUGGACCAGGUGGUGGAUAAGGAAGUGUGUGACCAGGCGGACACCGUUUUUGCUGGAUGGACAUACGGAGAAUAUUUCAUAUUCUGGCUGAAAUCUGUCCAUACUUAUUGUUCCACAAGAGAUGGACAGAAGGUGGAGAUCAUCAUCGUUGCCUCUCACUGGGAAAAUACAGUGUACAAGGACAAGGCCAAUUUCCUGGAUUGCCUACUAGAUGUAAUACCAGCUCAAUCUGAUCUUGCACAGUAUAUCAGAGAAGACCGGUGUUUUCUGAUACAGUUUCCACCAAGUCAGUCAAUCGCUGAACUGGAGAGAUGCAUUAUCGACAUUACAACUCAACCAAGAUGGAGCGAGAAGAUACCGCACGAGUGGGUUUUUUUUAACAGCGAGAUCAAUGAGAAGAAAAUGGAAAGAAUUGUACCUAUCUCGGACAUUCAUCGUAGACUGCCUGUUAAAGGAAAAGAGAAGGUCCAGAGUGCAGCUGAUAUGUUGCGUUACUAUCAUGAUGCUGGACGGGCUCUUUUCUUUAAUGAAGAAGGACUUAAAGAUUCAGUCAUUAUUGAUGUCCAGUGGUUUGUGAAUGCAUUUAAAACAAUCAUCACAGACCGGCUGCACGUAAGCGGAUACAUUGCUAGUCGCCAGGACUGGAUUGAGUACUACAACACAGGGAACUUGAAAGAUUCACUUCUGAUUGAUAUAUGGGAGCUGGAAGAGAAGAAUAUCAACACUCAAAAUAAGAAAGCUGACAGCGAACAUUGUAGGGGUCUGCUGCAUCAUAAAGGUUCCAUGUUGAAAUAUAUGGAACGACUCGGGUUAUUGGCUGUUGGACACGACCUUCAUUAUAUCCCUUGCAUGAACAAAAGGAAAUUUGAAGAAACCCAGAAAAAGGUCAUCCAAGAUACAACAUCGAAAACAUCAGUGUUAGUGUACGUCUUUGACUUUUUGCCAUACUUCCUGUUUUAUCGAGUUGUUGUGGCUUGUAUGCAGAUCAGAAAAUGGAGAGUCCUCAAGAAUAAUGAUAUCAAAUGUCUGUACAAGAACGCUGCCAUGUUUAAGCGUAAAGAUCACUAUGUCGUAAUACUUGUUACAUCUACUUCAAUCCAGCUUCAAAUAAUACGAAAGGGAGACAUGCUCAUUAAACACAUUACAGUUGCGAUCAGAAAGAGAAUUGACCAGCUAUUGAAAGAUGUCACCGACACAUUUCACAAACACCUGUCUUUCAAAAUAGGCUACGCGUGCAUGGAAGAACAGGAUCAGAUUAUCGGACUGGAGAUAGAGGGGAGGUUUUUAGAGGAAAGUAAACUGGGGUCAGGGAAGAAAGUGAAAUGUCCUCAUCACGAAAUGGAAGACUACCAUACAGUUAAUGCUGACUAUUUGAAAAGGUUCUGGAAGUAAACAACAAUCGGUUUAUAUUUGUACGCCCAUCAUCAGACUCGCAAGCUUCCUUUCGGAGGAAUACAAGUUUAAUUUGCGUUUUAACUAGAUUGAUUCAUCGGAACCUACUUAAGUGUUAAGAGUAGGUCAAAAGUUUCCUGGACUUUUUCUCAUCAUGAAUAAAGAUAUUCCGCUGACAAUUUGUCACAACUUUCCUCACAGAGAAACACAUAAUCAGUUCACAUGCCAGCUAAACUGAUGUGAUACUAUUCACACUGAUUCGUUACUUUUCAUUUCCAACGUAGGACACGUGAAAGUAAACAAACACAUUUGGGGUAUGUUAAACUUCCUAAAUUGACGCUAUGUCUUUAUUUGAUAUACUUGUACAUAUGUUGCCACUUACGUGCUGUUCACUAAAUGUUUAAUAUUGUUAUGUUUCUAUUCUUAUUUUACCUGUUGUAAACACAUUUUGUAAGCUGCUAUAUUUUCAUUUUGUAUUUUCAUUAUAAUUAUGGCGUAAUGUAUAAUAACUUAUUUCUGUUGUACUUCUCUGGUCCGACAAAAUAUUCUUUCAAUCGAUUACGUUUUGUUGGAUAAAAAUAAGACUUAAUUUUUGUAAGGUAUUUGAUAUAUCAUCGAAUUAUCAAAUUUAUGUUAUUUUAAUAUGUUUACCUAUUUAUAGUUAAUGAAACUAUUUCUUCGUUGAUUUUCAUAGGGCUGUUUACCUGUAGAUUUAGAACGGAUGUCAUUGGAUUGUAACGGACGGUUGGGUGGCGGGACUGCGUCAAAUAGUGCGAAUCCUUUCUUUCAUACUUUCGAACUAAUGGCUCCGUAGAAUAAUACGUUAUAUUUUCAUAUAUCUUGUACAUAUAUGCUACAUGUACAUGCCAUUCAGAUGUGCAUUUCCAUUUUCUCUUUAGCGAACAUGUAUAUGUGAUUUAGUUAAUAAAUAGGAAACAAAGUGUCAUAGUUGUGAAAGAUUUGGUCACGGUAACAAUAUAGAAACUACUUAUUCAAAAUAAAGCAAAUCAUAAAUUGCUGCGAAGUAUUCAUUCGAAAAGACUGUUACGUUUAUAUCAUAAUUAAUUACCUUAUUCAUGCACAAGUACAUGCAUGUAUAUCAAAGGAACCGAAUGCAUGAGAUUUUCUUUAAAAAUGUCAAUAAAAUAAAAGUAACAUGGAUCAAAUUCGCAACAAAUGCAUGCAAUUCUUCUGUUCUGCUCAAGAUAUAGGACUUAUUGAGGGUGUGACAGGUCGAUAGGGUAUGCUUACGCCUUCUAGAUACCUGAUCCCACCUCUUGUAUAUAUAUGUCCAUGUUUGCCUGUAUCUAUUUUUGCUUGCCUUUAGUAGUUAUGAGACCGAUCGCUGUUCGUUAUGUUAACUUUUCAUUUUGAUACAGUUGAUAGACCUUGCAACUAGUUAUUUAAAACAUAUUUAAAAACGCAUAAUUUUGGAAUGGUGAAAAUCACAAAAAGCGAUCAAUUUCAUAAUUCCUAUUAAGUAAUGCAAAAUUAAGUAAUGCAAAAUUGAAAGUAGGGCAAACACGGACAGAUGGAUAUACCAAAAGUAGGAUUAGGUGCCUAGGAGGAGGAGAUGUCCCCUGUCGACGGUUCACAUCCUAACCAUUACAAGCUGAUCCAGAUGUUUGGCGACUUAUGAGUGCCAAGAGUGUACUCUGGUGAUGCACAGGUUCUGAUAUUUCUGCUUCUAUGGGAGGAAUCUGACUAACCCUAACAUAAUUGUAGGUUAGUGUAUAAUGAAUAUCUCCGCUGUUGGUAGGUGGGGUCUAUAUCAUCGCUUCCUCUUCCCUGUCCGAGUUGUGUCCGCUUGAUGUUCUGAUAUUUCAGUGAGUUAACCGAUUUUGUCAGUUACCAUGAAUAUGCCUGAUACUUUUAUGAUCGUUUGUUUGAACUGUUUAAUAUUUAAUUUGAUGUAAUUUUUCAAGCAUUGUAUUUUCUAGAUGCAACCGUGUUGACAUUGCAAAGCACGCGGAAUAGAUAUAUUUGUGAAGUGAAUAGUAAUGAUAAUUUUUUUUCCAGCAAAUAGCAUCAGGAAUGCUGUUUAAGUCAGUUUAUAUUUUGUUAAUAUUUUACAAAUCCUGAUUAAAAUUAAUGUUUUAUAAAGUAGAAUCGGUGAGAUUGGGUUGGUAUUUGAGGGAAUGUAUAACCGAUUUUAAAUGUUAUAAAUGUAUAACCUGAUACCUUUUGUCCAUUAAUGUUCAGGUUUUGUGUAGAGACCUGCGAUUUUCAGCAUACCACAUGCUAGUUCAUGUCUUCCAUGAAAUAUUUUAAGUUAAGGUUAGUGGCAUAUGAUUUCCAAGUCAAAUAAAGUUAUAAGG